UAUUGAAUAAGCUAAUAUAGGUUAUGAAAUACGAGUAGAGCCACUUUAAGGAAUUUGACACUAGCAGCUAUUGCCAGCAGGCGGUGUAAGUGAGGAUUUAACAAAAUCCGACUGGAGCAAGAAAUCUCAAGCACAAUGGGUUCGGGAGAGUCAUUCAAGAAGAAAACAACGGAAGCCAAAAUAUAAGUAAAGGAGCCAAUUAACUUGUGGUCCUGUUCGACAUUAUAAAACACAGAGAAAAACGCACACACAGAGAGAAGUAACCCGGAGCUUUGCGAAGGGUCACAGCCUUGAGCUGUACAGCGAAGAAGAGGCAGCACGAGUCCGUCUAAAAAGACGAAUAAUAUUAAAAAAUAAAUAAAUAAAAUCUUACAGUAAGCGAAACUACAGGAGAAAGACUGCAUGAUCAAUAAAGACGCGUAGAACUACAAGGACAGCCUUUCUGAAGGAAAAAAGUAACGCUGUUUUUUGUUUUUGUUUCUGUGAAAUUCCGGUGGUAAUUUAAGAAGCAUCCGGAUCCGGAGACAAAACAGGGGAAAAAAGAAGGAAGGAAAAGAAGAAAAAAAAAACAACACGAUAGAAAAAAAGGAAAAUUGGAAUAAAACCAAAAGAAAACAAAUAUAGAAGUGACAAGAACGAAAUGGGACAGGGCUUCUUGACUGGCCUGUAAGAAUGUAUCCGCUUCACAGAGAGAGGGAGCAGCCAAUUUUCAGUGCUAGAGCUCAUGUGUUUCAAAUCGACCCGACGACCAAGCGAAACUGGAUCCCAGCCAGCAAGCAUUCCGUUACUGUGUCCUUCUUCUACGAUGCUACAAGAAACGUGUAUCGCAUCAUCAGUGUGGGGGGCACCAAGGCGAUCAUUAACAGCACCAUUACUCCCAACAUGACGUUCACUAAAACGUCCCAGAAGUUUGGGCAGUGGGCGGACAGCCGAGCGAACACGGUGUAUGGACUAGGCUUCUCCUCAGAACAGCAGCUUCAGCAGUUUUCAGAAAGGUUUAAAGAGGUGAAAGAGGCGGCGCGCCUCGCGAGGGAAAAAUCUCAGGAUAAACCCGAGCUGAGCAACCCAGCGCUGAGCAUCGCUGCACCCCAGAUGUCACAGCUGCUUUGCCGAGCCUCACAGCUGUCUCAGGAUAUGUUGGAGGACCUGCAGUCCCCUCCUGUCCUCUGCAUCAACGGCCCGGGCGAGGAGAAGCUGUACCGGAGCCAGAGCGCUGACAUCGAACUGUCCUCCGAGAAAGAACGCAUCAAGAAAAUGCUGUCCGAAGGAUCAAUCUGUGAGCUGAGCUGGGAGGCAGAGUUGUUCACACUGCAGGACAGCAACUCCAAGCUGGUGGCAGCAUUGCAUGAAGCCAAUGCCAAUGUGGAGCAGUGGAAGAAACAGCUGUCUGCAUACCAGGAGGAGACAGAGAGGCUGAGAGAGCAGGUGGCUGAGCUGGAAGCGCAGGCGGCCCGACACGCUGCCUGUGACAUUGGCAAGGACGAGCUGAACCAGUCCCUGGAGGAGCUGGAGGCCGUGCUGAAAGCAAAGGAUGAGGAAAUACAUCACCUGCAGAGCAAGAAGUGUGAUUACAAUGAAGUGGAGCAAGAGAGGGAAGAGGCUGUGCAGAGGCUACAGGAAGUGGAGUCUCGUAACGCAGAGCUGGAGAGGCGCGUGCACGCACUGGAGCAGACUCUAUCGAACUCUCUGGAUGAGCGCAGCCGAGCGGAGAACGAGGUGCAGAGAAUUAUCGACAUCCUGGAUGUCAAGAUCUUCGACCUCACUGACCUGCGACAGAGCCUGGCCACACUGGUCCAAAAGUAAACACCUGAGUGUCGGCAAGAUACAAGCACAGCACUCUGGGACCAGGCCAAGGGAAUCUAAAGCACAAAAUCCAUUAGCUCAAACUGAACGUAGAACGCAUCGUUAAAAAUAGGUAGAAGUAGCACUCGGGGAAGUCUUUUUACAGGUAGUUUCUCAAGUCAAAAGUGAGCUGUUUAGAUGCUUAACCCUAGUACUGGCUGUUACAUUUUCAGUGUUAAGAUUUGAGGACAGUUUCAGAAGUUUGAGAGGUGUGUUUUGUAUGUAUGAUAAAGGGCUCUGUGAUCAUAUAAUGGUGUGCCCGUUUUAAACAAAGUUUAAGGAGCUCUGAUGUUAAUCCGGCUUUAAAAUUCUUAAAUGUGUAAUAACCAAGACUUUAAAAACAUUACUAUAGCCUAAAGGAAGAAUGGAUAGGGUUAGCCUAAAGGAAGAAUGGAUAGGGUUAGCCUAAAGGAAGAAUGAAUAGGGUUAGCCUAAAGGAAGAAUGAAUAGGCUGUACUAAAUGAAUUCUCUCAUGCACAAAUCAUUCGUGGUUUUUCAUUUUUUGUUUUAUUUCUGUUUUUCGUCCUUAAAACAUAUUUUUAAGUUUGAGCUCAGCAAGGUUCAUAGCAAUAUCAACUAAAGACCAUUACAAGCUGCUUCUAGA